AUGGCGCCAGGGCAACAAUCCCAGACUCCCCAGACUCAUCGGGUCGGGGAGCACUGGAGUGGUGCCAAUCCCAUCCCCACGAUCCGCCAUUUUAUGGAGCAUAUCGAUGCCGAAAAGAAAGAACGCGAUCACAGGAUUGAUGAAGAAAACAGAAUCAAAAAAGAGCAAGCUGCGCGCUCCAAGGCGCAGGAGAAAGCCGGGGUGAAACCCGAGGAAGAGGAGGGAGAUGCGGUCGCUCACAAAGCACGCGAGGUAUCGCAGGCUAAGAUGCGCACGGUGACGGAUCCCACCACCGGCAAGGAUAUUGGGGUGGAGGAUCAAGAUGAGACCUCAAUGGAAGCUGUCAAGAACCCAAUGGAGGUCCAAACCAGCGCCGACCAAGAUCUGGCUGAAUACAAGGAAAAUCAAGACAUUACAGCACCCCCCGAUCCCAUCGCCGAAGGCACAACCUCCGAUGUCCCCAUCCGAGGCGAAAAAACCAACGUCCUAUUCCACCCGACUCCGACCGUUUCAUACCAGCCCAUGUUUGAGGUUCUACACAAGCGUGCCGCGGGACUUUGCAUUGGUAUCCCUGCCGCAAUCAUUGUCAUUGGGCGCAUCUUUGGAGGAUCCUUUUGGGGUCUUAUUCCCUUGGCAUUUUGUAUCUCGUCGGGUGUGUGGCUGUGGAUGCAAGAAGUCAUUCGCAGUGGCCGGGAGAUGGAAUGGAGCAGUGAGCAACUUCGCGGUCAAAUGGCCACGGCCAAUCUGCUCCCAGAGUCUGUCGAAUGGAUGAACAGUUUCCUCGGUGUGGUAUGGGGACUGGUCAACCCUGAAAUGUUGACGCCCAUGGCCGACACCAUCGAAGACAUUAUGCAAGUCUCAGCACCAAGUGUUGUGGAAAAUGUUCGAAUUGCAGAGAUCGAUCAGGGCAAUAAUCCACUGCGCAUUCUCAGCAUGCGAGCGCUUCCAGACGAGCAUGUGCAAGAUCUGAAGGACAACAUUCACGAAGAAAAUAAGAAAAACAAGGAUCCACAGGAAGCCGCCGCCGCCGAAGAAGGUGGCAGCUACUACAACAUGGAGGCAUCAUUUGCUUAUCACGCGAAGCCAAGCAGUCAAACUGCAUCAUCAAAAGCUCGCAAUAUGCAUAUGCAACUGGUGUUCUACCUUGGCAUCCGGGGCCUGUUCGGUGUACCAUUCCCGGUAUUUGUGGAAUUGAUUGAAUUAGUUGGAACGGUCCGCAUGCGCUUCCAGAUGAUGCCCGAAGCACCAUUCAUGAAGGAUGUGACAUUUACCUUGGUUGGCAUUCCCCACGUCAGGGCAGGAUGUAUGCCAAUGCUCCGGAAAGGAGUCAACGUUUUGAACUUACCUCUCAUCUCCAAUUUUGUGAACUCGGCCAUCGGUACGGCAUGUGGAAUGUUUGCAGCUCCCAAGUCAAUGACUAUGGACCUGGGUAUGAUGCUUACGGGUGACGAUAUUCACAAGGACACCCUGGCUUUGGGUGUGAUGUGGAUUCGCAUUCACCGCGCAGUGGGUCUGAGCAAACAGGAUACUCGUGGAAGUGAAGGUGGCGGCAGUGACCCGUACAUCAACCUGUCUUUCUCCAAGUAUGGAAAGCCAAUGUAUUGCACUCGAGUGAUUACAGACGAUCUCAACCCGAUGUGGGAGGAGACUGCCGCUCUCUUAGUGACACCUGAACUGAUCAAAGCCGACGAGAAUCUGAGCAUCGAGCUUUGGGACUCGGAUAGGAAUACCGCCGACGACAUCGUCGGAAAGGUAGAAUUGCCUAUCCGUGAGAUGUUGCAGCACCCCAGCAGAAUGUAUCCUCAAAUCUCGAAGCUUCAAGGUAUGGACGAGGGUAGUGAAAUGCCCGGUCAGUUGCACUGGGAGGUGGGUUACUUCGGCAAGCCCAAGCUUCGCCCAGAGUUGCGAAGUGAUGGUAAGAAGAAGGAUCUUCCUGAAAAUCUGAAGGGCAACCCCACCUUCGAAGAUGAGAAGGGCACUAUCAACAAUGACGAAGAAGAUGCUGUCAUGCACACACCUCCCGACCCCAUCUGGCCAAGUGGUAUUGUGCACAUUGUUGUGCAUCAAAUCGUCAACUUGCAGAUUGCCAACAUCAAAGGAAGUGACGGAAAUCGUAAGGGCAAGGAAUACGAACCAGCCAAGCCUUAUGGCGAAAACACCGAGGAGCAGGGAGAUGAUCUCCCUACUAGUUACUGCAAGGUCCUGUUGAACGAUCAACUGGUAUACCGCACUCGUGCAAAGGCUGUCAGCUCCAAGCCAAUUUUCAACGCCGGAACCGAGCGGUUCGUACGCGACUGGCGCUCAGCGGUGGUGACCGUCACUGUGCGCGAUCAGCGCUACCGCGAGCACGACCCCAUCCUCGGCGUUGUCCCAAUCAAGCUGUCCGAUAUUCUCCAGACAAGCUCGCAGGUCACGCGUUGGUACCCCCUCGAUGGUGGAAUUGGAUUUGGACGCAUUCGCAUUUCCAUUCUUCUCCGCCAUGUCGAGACCAAGCUUCCACCAGCCAUGCUUGGGUGGGACGUUGGUACAUUUGAAUUCACCGGUGAAAAGAUCAUCGCUCAGAAUUUUGGUCGUCACACCAAGAUCAAGCUGCGUACUGGUGGCAGCGUUGGCAAGAUUACUCGACACAAGUGUCAGUUGGAAGGCAGCGAUGCGGUAUUCGAUACCUCUGAUGAGACGUUCCGGGAUUCGUUGCGGAUGCCGGUGAAGCACCGAUACCGAUCUCCCAUUGUGUUUGAGUUCCACACCCAGGGCAAGCGCAGUGCGGUGGCCUAUGCCGUCUAUUGGCUUCAGCAUCUCAUCGACAACGAAGAAACCGACAUCGAUGUCCCCAUCUGGACGACCAAGAUGGGCGAACGUCUGACCCAAAACUACAUCACAGAGGAGAACUGGAAGGCGAAGAAGGUUCCUGGCUUAGAAGACUUGACAGAGAUCGGGCGCCUCCAAUUCCGCUGCAAGUUCUCUCCCGGAAUUGACGAAUCACACGAGAGAUUCGUCGUGGACAACGAUUCGCGCGAGACAUUUGAGACCUGGGAAGCGUGCUUAGCGCAGGGAGUCCGCUCCCGCAGCGUGCACGUGGAAGUUCCCGAUGAAGUGAGACAGAAGCAUGAGCAAUCUCUGAUCGAUGGUCGGGAUGUCCUGAAACAAGCAUCUCCCUCCGAACGACGACGGUGGAUUGAUUACGACGGCCAUGACUGGAGUGGAGCCUUCGGGCAUGAUCCGCGAGCAUACACCGACUCAGUCGGGCGCAAGAUUGCCGAGCCCGGCCGCGAUGGACCCCGACACGACCCCUACACUCCGCCCCCACUGAAGGGUCAGCCUGCGUCUCAGCCUAGCUUCCAAAGUCCGGAAGAGCACGACGAAAGCUCCGAUUCAGAGGGGGAGGAGGAAAAUUCCUCACUUUCCACUGGCCCUUCGACUGUUGCCGGCGACUCGGGAGGCCCUUCUUCAUCUCAGGCUAGUGUCAGUACUAGCCAGAUGAACAAAGCGAACAAACGCAGUGAGCAGCGACAGCAACGGGGUUUGAUGCAGUGGCGUCCUGCGCGUAAUGCUGCUUUUGCCAAGGAUGAGGCGAAGUUUGCGCUCCGAAAACUCAAGAAGAAGGUUGGCGCGGGUGAUCUUACUGGUCGCGAACCAGAUGUUGAAACGGAGACUUGA